AUGAUUAGCAGCUCGCACAGUUUCAAAGAGCAUUUCUCAACAGAAGUAUCUUUUCCACAGGUGUUUUUCAAGGCAACUUCCCAAUUCAACAAAACAGCUCUAGUUGAUGCAGAAGAUACAGUUGGAGUUUCAUUCAACGAGUUGAUUGAAAUGACAAAUGGUUAUGAGAGUUUUCUGUUCAGUUACCUUAAAAAAGGAAAAGAGAAACUCGUAGUAACUAUAUGUGGAAACUCGUUAAAGUUUCUAUCUAUCACUUUGGCUAUUACAAAGUUAGGGUAUUGUGUAGUUCCGCUGAACCCUUCGUUAAAGAAAUAUGAAAUUGUCAAUAGCUUAGAGGACUUGGAGGUUAAUUGUAUAAUUACUGAUAGAUUUGACGCUCAUAAAUUUCUUCAAAAGACCGAUAAGUUAAUUACCCUCCAUGAGAUCCAGGGAUGUGCUACGGUAGUACCGAUACCACCUACGUUUGAUCGAAGCCAUCCAGCAUUCAUUUUCUUUUCUUCUGGCACAACAGGAGCCUCGAAAGGUAUAGAAAUUAGUCAUGGCAGUGUGAUUGCUCUUUUCAACCAACUAAGAUCUUCUUCGGGAACAUCUUCUUUCAAUUUCACUACCGUUGACCAAAAUGAUAAAGUAUAUGGGGUACUGCCAUAUUUUCAUGUCGGUGGACUGUUUACAACUUAUUCGAUGCUGUUUUUUGGAGCCACUGUCUAUAUAAACGAUAAAUGGGAUCCAAAACUAUUCCUGAAUAACAUUGUUGAAAACGAAAUUACCACUCUCAACCUUGUUCCUCCAGUUUUACAAGUUUUCGAGAAAAUGAGACCCAAUUUACCACAUCUGAAAAAAGUAUUUGUGGGUGCUUCUAAAGUUGAUCCCAACCAAAUCUACCGUUUAAAACGAGCAUAUCCCUCAAUGAUGUUCAUACAACUUUAUGGUAUGACAGAAGUUGGGUUGAUAAUGUUCAUGACACCUGCUGAGAAUGAUGAUGCAUCGAAAGUAGGAAUUGCAUUUCCUGGUAUACAAGCCAAAAUUGUUAAUCAAGAGCUAUUGAUAAAAUCCCCUACCAUGAUGAGCCGUUAUACACAUGAAUCCAAUCUGUACAAUAAAAAGGAUUGGUUCCACACUGGAGAUUUAGUUGAAUGCUGUAGUGAUAAUCAGCUUCGAAUCAUUGGUAGAAAAAAGAACAUGAUUAAAGUCAGAGCCUGGCAAAUUAAUCCAGAAGAAGUUGAAGACAUGAUCGCCAAAAAAAUUAAUGUAGAAACUGUACUACACAGUAGAGAGUUCAAACAUGAUAUGAAACUUAUUCUUCAAACAUCAACACGGCCGGAAUUCAUCCGAUCUCUAAUUCAAGAAAACCUGAUCUCUUAUAAGCAUGCUUUCUGGAUCAUUCGUUCUAGCCAUUCUAGUUCAAAAUCAUGA